CACCUUGUGGCCGAAAUUAUGAAGAACUGGGCAACUUGAUGCGCAUAGUAGAGUGUUUACCGACCGCAAAAUCCAGGGGAAUUGUCAGACGGAUAAUAGUAAAUAAGAUUUGUUUGCUUGCAAUCGCACCUCUGCAUACCGUACUUCCCCUCGGCUGUCAAGCCCCAAACGCCUUUGGCUCUCCGAGGCUCUCUCGGUCAAGGAAGACCAGCCUACCUAACUAACAGUUCAUAAAGGCCCUUCAACAGAAGGUUCAUGACCUCUGGGUGAUGACCUUUCUUAUCCAAAGCAUCUCAUGAUAUUCAUUAAUAACGCAUGGAGGAACUUCAAUUUGUGCUCACCUGGAAAAAGCUACCAUCCUUGACGUACUGAAGAUUUUCAGUCCCCACGGAUGACCUGGGGAAUGGUAACCACUUAACCAAGUAACAAGAGACUCCUUAUGCUGCGACGACUCUUCGCUGUCUUCGCUCCUGGAGAGCGCGGGAGCGAAGGCGCAUUGGCUACACUGGAUCCGGUACCCGGGCAGCUGGAAGACCUCGCGAGCGGCUGGGGGCGCUUCGAGUGCUCAUGAUGAGUGUAAACAAGAACACCGUGAAGAUAAUUGCAUCUCCUGCACCAACAUCUGUUGCAGAGGAUGAAGAGGUAGAGAGAUUCUAUGAAGAGCUUGACAGGACCCUCCAAACCAAGUCACAUAUACCUUGAUACUUGGUAAAGUCAGUGGGAAGGGGUACGCCAUGGAUUUAGAACCAGAGGACUAUGAUAAUCGAACUCUCACAAGUGAGAACGGCACUGAGAUGGCCACGGCAUCCUACGAUCCUGAUUGGGGUGGUGGUGGUAAUAAGACCCGGAUAGAUGAUGUACAGGUCUUUGUGAUUGGGCUGUACUCGACCAUAAGUCUGCUUGGUUUCAUGGGGAACAUGCUUAUCCUUAUGGCCCUCAUGAAAAAAUGUAAACAAAAGACGAUUGUAAACUUCUUCAUUGGAAAUUUGGCCUUCUCUGAUAUCUUGGUCGUGCUAUUUUGUUCACCCUUCACACUGUCUGCUCUCCUGCUGGACCAGUGGGUGCUUGGUGAGCUCAUGUGCCGUCUUAUGCCUUUUCUCCAAUGUACAUCGGUGCUGGUUUCAACUUUAAUCUUAAUCUCAAUUGCUAUUGUCAGGUACCAAAGGAUAAAAUAUCCCCUUUCCAAAAGUUUGACCAUCAGACAAGGCUGUUAUUUGGUUGGCCUUUCUUGGGCUAUUGGCUUUGUGAUUUGUUCCCCUCUUCCCAUCUUCUACAGGCUUGUAGAACCCAAUGGGAAUAAUGGCACAAAUACCACGGCCCCUAAGUAUGUGUGUAUUGAGGCCUGGCCGAAGGAGUCGUACAGAAUUGCCUUUUCUCUGUGUUUGCUGGUGGUUCAGUACAUACUGCCCUUGAUUUGUCUGAUUGUGAGUCAUACCAGUGUUUGCCGGAGCAUUACUUGCAAGAUGUCUACUAGGGAGAUGAAAAGGAGGCUUGAAGAGAAGGAGAAGAGGGAGAAGAAGGAGAAGAAGGAGAAGGAGAAGAAGGAGAAAAAGGAGAGGAAGGAGAGGGAGAAAAGAGAGAAGAAGGAGAGAAAGGGGAAGAAGGAUAUGGUCGAGACAAUGGAGAUGAAGGAUAUGAGAGAGACAAGAGAGAUGAUGGGCCCGAGUGACAUGGAAGAUGACUAUGAUGAUUACCUGGAUGACAUAGAAGACUUAGAAGGCACAAUGGACAUGAAGGACAUAAUGGAAUUGAGGGAGUUGAAGAGGGAACUGAGAGAGAGGAGAGAGAGGAGAGAGAGGAUGGGUAGGAGAGGGCGGAGGAAAAUGAGAGAAAUGCUGGAAGUGAAAGAACUAGAAGACAUGGAAGAUGUUGAAGAAGUGAUGGACCUUACUGAAAUGAUAGAAAUGAAAGAAAUUAAUACCCCGAGGAAUGUGAGGGAUAUGAGAGACAUGAGGAAUGUGGAGGAGAUAGAAGGCAUGAUAGAAAUGAGAGAGGUGAGGGAUGUGAGGGACAUGAGGAACGUGGAAGACAUAGAGGACAUGAAUGACACAAUGGAAAUGAGAGACAUGGGGCACAUGAGAGGCAUGAGAGACAUGAGGGACCCGAGAGACAUGAGGGACCCAAGAGAGAUGAGAAACAUGAGGGACAUGCGGAGCAUGAGAGAUAUGAGGGACCCGAGAGAGAUGAGGGACCCGAGAGAGAUGAGAGGCAGGAGGGGCAUGAGACACCCAAGGGAUGAAAUGAGAGACACGAAGGAAAGGAGAGGGAGGAGUUGGAAAAGGGGAAGGAGGGGAAAGAAAGGAAUGAGGGAAAUGGAAAUUGAAGAGAUUGAGGAGAUCGAGGAGUUGGGUUCAAUGUAUGGAAUGUUUGAGAUGGAGGAGAUGGAGCAGAUGAAUGAGCUGAAUGACCUGAGUGAUCCUAAUAAUGGAGACGAUGAUUUGGAUGACAUGGAAGGUUAUGCAGCCAAGAACAGUGGACACCAUAUUCAGCUCCCCAAGUUCCAAAGAUGGAGCUACACAUUAAGCCGAAAACACCGCAAGAUGUACAACAAAAAGUCAUGCGUCGUACCUGUUUUGCGCCAUCCUCCUCCUCCUCCAGAGGUACCUCCCAAAGAGAUCGAAGAAGAAGAAGAAGAAGCAGCAGAACCUGAGAGGUGCAAGCUGACCAAUGCUAGUAAGAUCAUACCAGGGGUGCCCAUCUGCUUCGUGAUUAAACCUGAAGAAAAGCAGUUAGAAGAGCCGGAAAUGCUGACCAUAUCCCGCUCCAUCUCCAGGAUCAGAAAGAGAUCUCGCCGAGUCGUCUAUCGUUUAACCAUACUGAUAAUUGUGUUUGCUGUCAGUUGGAUGCCUCUGCAUCUUUUCCAUGUUGUUACUGAUUUUAAUGCUGGCCUUCUGUCUAACAGGCAUUUCCGAUUGGUGUACUGUAUUUGUCAUUUGCUUGGUAUGUUGUCUUGUUGCCUUAAUCCCGUGCUGUAUGGGUUCCUUAACAACGGUAUAAAAGCAGAUUUGAUGGCUCUUUUGCGUUGCGUUUAGAAUCUGCUGUGCUUAGAAUCUGCCAUUCUAAAGGUUGAAAAAGAAAGAACAAACGCUACGCUUCUCUAAAAUAUACAUAUAUAUAUAUAUAUUUAUGGCUGCUUUAAACAAAUAUAUUUUAUUGCAUGCAGAUUUAUUUAUGCAGGAGAAAAAGACGCUCUGGAUAUGAAUUCAUUGGUGCCUAAUGAGUAAAAGACCAUUUCUUGACCCGCUAUAUAAUAUGACCAUUUCAUGUAGAUAUCGUGCUGAAUCAUGAAUGUCAAUCAAACUGCAACUUCAUUGUCAAAUGCUGUCCUAUUGUGUAUUACUUCAUCUGCACCUUACAAGCAGCUGAAUAUAGUCAUCAUCCCACGACUUGGAGAAGAAAGAAAACCUGCAAAAUAUUUAAUGGACAAAAUGAAUUUAUUAUUGUGAUGUUUAAAUAAGACUUCGUGUUUGUGCGUUUCUUGAUGUAACAACUAAAGAUUGUGUGUGUUUUUGUGUCUGCUCUGUGGAAAUGCAGAAACUAUUCAACUUUUGCUAGUUGAAUCAUAGCUAAAUGAGAAGUCCAUGCUUUAAGAGAUGGUACGUUGUAUUGCCUGUUAGGGGACAUUGUGGAAACACCUAGAAAGAAGAAUGUUUUCCCUCCUAGAGCUAUGCUUUAAGAGAUGGUACAUUGUAUUGAUAGUCAGGGGGCACUGUGGAAACUCCUAAAAAGAAAAAUGUUUUUCCCCUAGAGUUACGCUUUAAGCAAUGGUACAUUGUAUUGACGAAGGGGGACACUGUGGAAACACCUAAAUGGAGAAAAACAAAUGUUUCCCCCCCUAGUGUUAUGUUUGUGUCAGAUGGUUAAUUUGAUCUUAUGUUAUAAAACAAUGAUGUUGUAAUCUAAAGAUGGACUAAAACUUUUGGCUAAACCUGUACAGAAAUAUUAUAUUAAA